AUGGCUAAUCCGAUUGGAGAUGGUGCACAAUCUGCCCAAGAUGAAGAAGACCGUGAAGGUGAGUUGCUCUGCCUGAAGAUUAAAGCCCAGUUGGAGGAUUUGCUGUCUGUCAGCCACCUGGCAGAGGACGGCUUCCUGUUGAAGCAUGUGCAGAAGAACAGGCAUGGCUACGUCAGCCUCAAGCUCCUCACUUGUUUGAAAAAGAUAAAGGUCCUGACCACAAACUGGUACAUGACUCUGGCAGCAGCAGACUACUCAGAACUUCUGGAGGUGAACGAUGAAUGCACCAAAGUGAGGCGGAUAGAGCCGCUUCCCCAAUGGCUACUGCGUUCCCCCACCAGCAAGCUCCUCCUAGCCUGGAACAUUUCUGUGAAGAAAACAACUGGAGAAGACGUAGCGCCUGGAGGCCCGGAGCAACCUCACCUCUCAGAGAGUAUCCUCCAAAAGUUUAGCCCUCAUGGCAGCAUUACUUCACUCUGGAUCUUGUAUCCUGGUAAAGAGCUCCCCAAGGAGCUGCAGUGCUAUGCAAAGCGUCACAAAGAGCUCGGCCAACAUUUGUGUGCAGUUGUGAAGUUUGAUCAUUUGGACGAAAUCCGUAAGGCCUACAACGCCCUGAAAGCAGAGGAGAAAAAGUCUAACGGUGAGGGCAUGCGUGUCGUACCUUUGGGAUUCCAGUCAAUGCACCACGACACCAAGGACGAACCAUCAGAGGACAACGAGGACCAACCUGAGGACACACCUUCCCAGGGAAAUACACUUGAAACUUCAGAGGAUUCAGUCCAGGAGGAACCCUCCGCGCCAGUUAAAGUUUCUGACACAUGUCAGCCCCAAAAGUCCUUGGAUAAAUCAAUGCGAGGAACCUUUGAGCUGACUUCCACCAUCCAGUCCUUCUCCGGUUUGAGUCAGAGGUACAGUAAGAGGAGCUGGUGCUCUGGAGAUUGUGAUAAAGAGAAUUCUCAGAGCCCCUGGGUGCUGAGUCGCAAGUUUGCAGCCAGUGCAUUAAACCCCAAGGUGGCUCGGCCGGGGAAUGCUCCUUACUUGACGCAGAGAGUGCUUCGUCAGCCCUACGGCCCUGACGGCACCAAGGGCUUUCACAGCAGAGGGAAGCCGCCGCACAAAGCUCACACUCUCCCCUGGAAGUAG